AUGUCCUCUCUUCUUCAAUACGGUAGAGAAACAAUUACUCUGCUAUUGGUACAACUACUACUAUUUGUUGCCAUUGGGGAUGGCGCUGUGGACAUCAAAGUUAUCUGCAACAAAACUUCAUACCCUAACUCAUGUUACAACAGCCUCGUUAAAGUUGCCCACAUGUCUCCGGGACAUCAUGAGGUGUACACGUUGUCUGUGCAAGUGGCGAGCGAGGAGGUGAGCAGAGCCUCGGAUAGUUUCCUGCGACUACAAGAGGAGUUCAACAACGUUUCUGACGCUAUGUCUUUAAGGGCUGUCCGGGUCUGCCACGACCUUUUCUCUAUUGCGGCGCGGUGCCUAAAUCACUCUAAUUGGUCUGUCGCUCUCGACAGGCCGGCCCGCAUCCACCGCGCGUUUGCCGAUCUUAAUGUAUGGUUAAGUGCGGCCGGGACUCACCAGCAGAGCUGCGUUAGCGCCAUGGAGGACGCGACAGACGAAACUUUGAGACGUAGGGUUUUGGAGAAUAUGGAGAAAUCAGCCGAGUUGACGAGUAAUAGUUUGGCCAUCCUACGUGCAUUCCAAGAAUCCAUGGUUGACCGUUCAAGAGGCAACACAACUAUGGCUGAAGAUCAACACACCAUUUCUGAUUCAAUUGCUAGAAGAGAGUCGCGGAAGUUGUUGGGUUCUGGUGGCAUGCCAAGAUGGCUGGAUUCCAAGGAGAGGAAGUGGCUUCGAACUUCGACCGGGAAUUUGCAGAUUGAUGCUGUGGUGGCGAAAGAUGGGUCCGGAAAGUUUAGUAAAAUCAGCGACGCGCUUAAGGCCGUGCCGGAUAAUGGCGUUAAGAGGUUCGUGGUCUAUGUUAAACGAGGGGUUUACAAGGAGAAUGUUAGGGUUGAGGCAACCAAGUCCAACGUUAUGAUGAUUGGUGAAGGGAUGGAUGCUACUAUCGUCUCUGCUGGACUAAAUUUCGUUGAUGGAACUCAAACAUUCGACACUGCUACAUUUUCUGUAUUUGGUGAGGGGUUUAUCGCGAGGGAUAUGGGGUUCCAGAACACCGCCGGUGCCGCAAAGCGUCAAGCCAUAGCAUUGAUGGCGGACGGCGAUAAGGGAGUGUUUUACCGGUGCAAGUUUGACGGUUUCCAAGACACUCUCUUGGCACACGCCUACCGCCAAUUCUUCCGGCAGUGCACCAUCUACGGCACCGUCGAUUUCAUUUUCGGAGACGCGGCCGCCGUGUUCCAGGACUGCAAUAUCCUCGCCCGCAGACCAUUGCCCGGCCAGCAAAACAUCAUCACCGCUCAGGGCAAAACAGAUUCCAGGGGAGCCUCCGGGUUUUCCAUCCAGGACUGCAAACUUUCCCCGGCGGAGAACCUCGCCGGAGCCGCCACCUUUUUGGGCCGUCCUUGGAAGAAAUACUCCACUACAGUUUUCAUCCGCACGUAUAUGGGAAGCUUUAUCCAUCCUAAGGGAUGGGUCCCUUUCAGGGGCACAACGGCGCCGGAUACCAUUUACUACGCGGAGUUUGAAAACCAAGGACCCGGCGCCGGAACAGCGAACAGAGUCCAGUGGAAGGGAUUGCAUUUGGAUAUUAGUAGCGCCGAGGCUAACAAAUUUACUGCCAACUCUUUGAUUGGAGGAGGGUCUUGGCUUCCCAGUACAGGUGUUCAAUUCAAAUCAGGUCUAUAA